UUUCUUAAAAUUUAAGCAAAUAUAUUUUUCCUGGGCCCUGUCUGCCUUUUUUUCUUAUCGGUGUUGUUUGUAUACUAAACAGCUGACAGGGCUGGCAAAAACACCGCUGAUAGCGAUAGUGAUGGCAAAUAAACGCUGACUCAUAACACUACGAUACUCGUGACACAUCUCUACCACCGUGCUCUAACGUCACAUCUCUAAUGGGGGCGUAUAAAAAGUUGUGCAGUUGCAGUUGGUUGUUUAUUAUUAUCUAGCACAACAAUGGAUAAUUCCAAUGGAAUCCACUACAUUGAGCUAUCCCCAAAUCCCAUACGAUUUGAUGCCGUGAGCCAGCUAACAAAUGUGUUCUUCGAUGACUCCAACAAGCAGAUAUUUGCUGUUCGAUCUGGAGGCGCUACUGGUGUGGUGGUCAAGGGGCCCGGAUCCCCCGAUGAUAUCGUCAUCUCCUUCUGCAUGAGCGACCGUGGCGGUGCCAUAAGAUCCAUCAAGUUCUCGCCGGACAACCAAAUCCUGGCCGUUCAGCGAAAGGAGAACUCAGUGGAGUUCAUAUGCUUUCAGGGAGAUCAGCCUCUGCUGCAGGAUAUCAUUACACACCAGGUGAAGACCAUGAUCCAUGGCUUUGUGUGGGUCCACAAUCGAGAGGUGGCCCUGAUAUCGAAUACUGGCGUGGAGGUCUACACCGUAGUUCCUGAAAAGCGACAGGUGCGCUCUGUGAAAUCGCUGAGCAUUGGCAUCAAGUGGUUCGCCUGGUGCUGCGAUGCCAAUGUGGCUCUACUUUGCACCACCGAAGGAAACACUCUAAUUCCGGUCCUGGUCAAGCAGAAAGUCAUCACCAAGCUGCCGAAAGUGGACAUGGGCAAUCCCAGUCGCGAUGUUCAGGAGAGCAAGGUAACCUUGGGACAAGUGUACGGCGUGCUGGCUGUACUUAUCCUCCAGUCGAAUAGCACCACCGGACUGAUGGAAGUCGAGGUGCAUUUGCUCAAUGGACCGGGCUUGGCCCCACGAAAGUGCCAUGUCCUUCGCUUGAGUCUGCUAGGACGCUUCGCCAUCAACACGGUGGAUAAUCUGAUUGUGGUGCACCAUCAAGCUUCAGGCACUUCGCUGCUAUUCGACAUUUCCCUUCCCGGAGAGGUGAUCACUGAAAUAACCUAUCACACACCCAUAACUCCGGGGCGUUCCAUCAAACCCUUUGGCUUGAAGCUACCUUCUCUUUCGCCUGAUGGACAAAUCUUGCAGUGCGAGUUAUAUUCCACACACUGGGUACUAUUCCAGCCCAAUAUUGUAAUCGAUGCCAAGUUGGGCUGCAUGUGGUUUUUGAACCUCUGCAUUGAACCAUUGUGCCAACUGAUUUCGGAUCGCAUUCGACUUACGGAGUUCCUGCUGCAGCGCAGCAGUGGCAAACAGGUGCUAUUAAAAGUCGUUGGGCAGUUGGUAGAUGACCAGUAUAAGGGAACACUAUUGCCAGUCCUAGAGACCAUCUUCAGUCGAAUUAACAAGAUCUACGCGUCUUGGGUGCAGUUGGAGCUGCAGAAUCAAACCGCCCAGCCAUCGAACGUAAAAACUACGACCCUCAAGCAGAGCACACCGCCCAUUGUGCUCAUCGAGCAACUGGAUAUGGUGCAGAUCUUUCAGCGCAUAGCUCGCCGCCCGUACACGGAAUCCAUAUUGAUGCUGUACCUGCAAUCCCUGAACAAGUUCAACAUUGCCGCCCAGGAGGAGCUGAGCAAGAUGAUUAUCAGCGAGCUGAUCUCCAAUCGUAGCUUCGACACCUUGCGACGCUUGGUCAGCUAUUCGAUGCUGCUGGAAUCCAAGUCGGUGGCUUGCUUUUUGUUAUCUCAUUCAAAUGUGGAUACCGCGAUAUCACAGGUGGCCAUUGAUAUGCUCGGCAGGAUUGAAGCACAUGAAAUCAUCAUUGAAGUGAUGUUGGGUCAAGGCAAAGUUAUCGAUGCCCUAAGGCUAGCUAAAAACUCAAUGGGCCUGGAAAAAGUGCCAGCUCGCAAGUUUCUGGAGGCGGCUCAUAAGACAAAAGAUGAUCUAAUAUUCCACAGCGUGUUCCGCUUCUUCCAAAUGAGAAACCUUAAACUUUAUGAGACUCUGUCUUUUCCCAAGGCUGAACAGUGCACGGAAUUUAUACAGCACUAUAACAACACUUUUCCCGCUGAAAACCCUACCAGACAGCCUAUAAGCUAAAGGCAUCAACGAAAAUAGCCAUUUCUGAUUAUUGUAAUUAAAAGUUUGCUUUAGAAAUAUA